AUGGUCGAUCAGCUGUAUGUGACACAUCAUGUUCAGUACCAUGUACAGUAUGGGCAAACAGGAAAAUGGACCCAACCUGGCUGGAGAAUGGCGCAGAGGUAUGCAAACAAAGUUCUAAUUGGAAACUGGGUGGAAGAGAAGCUGCAGUUCACCCGAGAGUGUAAGACAGCCACAACAGCACCAACUGUGCAGACUACCAGCCACAGAGGGCCAGACGUCAUCGUGAGACAAAUGGCGCCAUGGAAAGCUGAGGGCCUUGCUGCCAAGCUGCUCCUCUCCCACCAUGGCACGCUGCCUUCCCAUUACCUGGUCACCCUCUAUGAUGAGAUGUACAGGCGCCAGGGCUCCUCCACCCUGCUCACAUUGUGCUCCUGGCAUCCAGACAGGCUGGCCAGGAUGCCAGAGAAGUCUGACCACCACCGUUAUCCAAUCUUGUCAGCUACAGGUCUGUCUGGACCAGCAGCAGCCCCCCUUCUCAACGCGAAGUGUGUACAGGACAGCGUACCAGAGGCACCCACUAAGUGCAUUCUGCCAGCCCCGCUUAGCCAGUGUGCCACGUGA